AGAUGAGGAAGAGCGUUGUGGCGGGGGGAGGAGGGGGGACCUGCGGCCACGGAGGAGGCGGUGGCCUUGGCCGGCCCGUCUGGAGCGCCAGAAAGAGCAUCGCCACCGGCCAACAACACGGAGCCUACUAUCUCUCGCUCGGGGCAAGGGACCUGCCGCGGCGGUCCGCGUCGAAUCAGCCGCAGCAUCGUGUGCCAGCGUUGCCCAUCACUCCUUUUGUCACCAGCAGGCAGUAGUGGCCAAUCUUUAACCCCUCCACCGGAACUUAGCGGUGAGACACGACACAGCGUGGCUUCGUUUUAGUGCUUCGAGUGCUUCCUGGCUGCCUUGGCCGCUGCCUUGGCUACUGCCUGCCGCUGGUCACUGGCGGGUCACGACCACCGCCCACUCGCCCCGAAGGCGUGAAGAAACGGCCAUCGAAUAGCUAUGGUUCGGGCCAGCAGGAGCCAGAUCGUCGCAGCUGCGUUGCUGUGCUUCGUUGCAAAGAUGUCCGUGGCAGGACCCACAUCAUCCAACCGGUUGGAAGAGUUAGAACGGCCGUUCUUCAACAUCGCCCACAUGGUGAACUCCAUCAAAGAGGUGGACCAGUACCUGCGGCUUGGUGCCAACGCUAUCGAGGCCGACGUCACCUUCCAGGGAGACGGCACGGCCAAACAAACGUUCCACGGGAGUCCCUGCGACUGCUUCCGCAACUGUUACAUGCGUGAAAACAUCGUCGACUACCUUGAGUACAUACGCAAAGUGACUGGCCCGCCGGAUGCAAAGUACAAGAACCGGGUGGCGCUGCUCUUCCUGGAUCUGAAGGUGUCCGACCUGCCUGCACCUAGCAAGCUUAAGGCCGGAAAGGAUAUCUCCAAGAAGCUCCUCGAACAUCUGUGGUAUAACGUCGACCCAAACAACACUGUGAAUGUGCUGCUGUCAAUAGGGCACGUCAGUGACAAGGAUGUAUUCAAGGGCGUCGUGGAGACGUUGAUGAAGAAUGGUGAUCCAAUCAUUGCUGAGCGAGUAGGCUUUGACGUGGGCCUUAAUGAUCCGCUGGAAGACAUAUCCAAAAUGUACAGUGAGCUGGGCAUCGACCACAACCGAUGGCAGGGCGACGGUGUUUCCAACUGCAUCAGCCUCUUCCGACCGACCAACCGUCUCAAGCAAGCCCUGCGCUAUCGGGACUCCCGCAGUGAUCGCAGCUACGCUGACAAGGUGUACCACUGGACCAUCGACCUCAGCUCUGCCAUUCGCAAUUCCAUACGACUCGGAGUGGACGGUAUCAUAACCAACUACCCGGAAAGAGUGUCUACCGUCCUCAUGGAGGCUCCCUUCAAGCGGGCCGUCAAGCUGGCCAGUCCGCAAGACACGCCCUGGAAGAAGGCUAGCAUUGAACUUCUCAUGCCCGGCGGCGGCGGAAGUCCCAUCUCCACCGUCCUGGGCAACGUGUCCGAGGUGCUGCAGCAGUUCUGGGCUUACGUGGUCACGCGAUUUUCGGGACACAUUUUCCGCCGGCGCAGCUCACGAGACUACGACGCCGCCGAGGCGGACCCUCCCAUGAGCCCACGGGAACUGCAGGAGCAGCGGUACUACAGGUGGCUUCACAAAAAGCUGGUCGCCUGAAUUGUGCAAACGACUGCAGACGAAAUGGCGCGAACGGUACAAGUUAAGUCACCCGGUAGGCAGCUAUACAGUGGAGAGCCCAGCCGUUAUCGACAGUUGUCCAGGUCUGCCCAACAGUCUCGUAGCUUUCAGCAAGCUAUCUAAAGCCUCCCCGUGACAAACGGCAAUCACCAGUCACGUUCAGGUCAGAAGCACCGCUAUUGAAAAGCGCUUGUUUAUUUAUUUCUUUCCUGAAAUGUAGCCCACCGUGAACGCAGCGUGCCAUUGUGACUUGAAUCUACGGAAAGCCUUUAAUGUAUUGUACGUACAGUUGCUUCAAUAUCUGAGUAGUCUUUCGAAAACCAUUAAGGACGUAGUCGAAACCAGAAGUCCGCGAAUGUUUUGUGAUUCGUAAUAACAGGCAGGAAUCCAUACAUCCGUCGGUUAACUAGAUUGCCGUCUUAGAGUUUUUGGUUUAAGCACUUAUUUUGCGUAACAGCAGCUCAUUGCAUCAUUCCGAACGUGCCACAAAUUACACCCAUUGUGUGUUCAUACAUCCAAUUGUUUUGAACACAAUCAUUUGAAGAGUAAACAGUCCAUUCGCAUUUUUAUCUCUGCUGCCUACACCUGGUGUGAGGAAAAGCCGUAAUAAUGGAGGUAUGUGGACGUUUCUACACCCCGAGAGCCCAGUCGAGUGAAUGCUGCCCGGUGAGCACUGUUCGUUGAGAUGUAGCGCUGAUGUAUAAGAGCGAAACCGAUGUACCUCAAGUACAGCAGUUCUCAUAAUUGUUGGGGUAGAUACCUCUACGUCUCCGCAUCGCACUGGUACUAAUCAAUAGAUGCUCUGGAUAAUAUAAAGUUAAGAAUUUGUUUACACACAAGUAGUCAUUCUGUAUUUGGUAGCCUUAUAUAUCUAGUUCUUUACUCGAAGAUGAUGCUUUUUCAUUUGUUUCACAUUUUGCACUUCAUAGAAUAGCUUUGAGGCGUAGUUAUGAACGGAGGCACGAUGAAGGAUCGAAGGCCACGGAAAAG